CAUUAAUGACGACGUCGUUUUAUUGAUUCCCUAGGGACAUGGUAGAUAUAUUUAUAGGGAUAGAAAUUAAUAACCAAGUCAAGAAGCUAGUUAUUUAAAGAUCACACAAAAUGAUAGUAAAAGUAUGUUGUGCUGCCAUAGUAAUUACUCUGUUUGUGUGUGCAUGGAGAGUGCUGAAUUGGAUUUGGUUCACUCCAAAGAAGUUGGAGAAGUUGUUGAGAAAACAAGGUCUAAAAGGGAAUUCUUACAGAAUAUUGUAUGGGGACAUGAAAGAACUUUCUGGGAUGGUUAAGGAAGCUACCUCAAAGCCUAUGAAUCUGUCUGAUGAUGAUGUAGCCCCAAGAAUGAUGCCUUUCUUUCUUGAAACCAUCAAGAAAUAUGGGAAAAAAUCUUUUAUAUGGUUGGGUCCAAGGCCACAAAUACUAAUCAUGGACCCUCAGCUUGUGAAGGAAGUACUCUCCAAAACCUAUGUGUAUCAAAAGCCUCGUGGAAAUCCAUUAGCAGCAUUAUUGGUACAAGGACUAGUAAGCUAUGAGGAAGACAAAUGGGCCAAACAUAGAAAACUCAUCAAUCCCGCAUUCCAUCUAGAGAAGUUAAAGCAUAUGCUUCCAGCUUUUUACUUGAGCUGUAGUGAGAUGCUGAGCAAAUGGGAAGACGCUGUUCCAGUUGAAGGCUCACAUGAGAUUGAUGUAUGGCCUCAUCUUCAGCAAUUGAGUUGUGAUGUAAUCUCUCGAACAGCUUUUGGGAGUAGUUAUGAAGAAGGUAGAAAGAUAUUUGAACUUCAAAAGGAACAAGCUCAGCAUUUUCUCGAAUCUGUACGAUCAGUUUAUAUCCCAGGCUGGAGAUUUUUGCCAACAAAGAGGAACAGAAGAAUGAAGGAAAUAAACAAGGAUGUUCGGUCCGCAAUUCGAGGUAUUAUUGAUAAAAGAUUGAAGGCAAUGGAAGCAGGGGAUGCCGAUAAUGAGGAUCUAUUGGGCAUAUUGCUGGAAUCUAAUUUUAAAGAAAUCGAACAGCAUAGAAACAAGGACUUUGGGAUGAGCAUCGAAGAAGUCAUCGAAGAAUGCAAGCUAUUCUAUUUUGCUGGCCAAGAAACUACAUCAGUGUUGCUCCUAUGGACUAUGGUGUUGUUGAGCAGGUAUCAAGAUUGGCAGACACGGGCCAGAGAGGAGGUGCUGCAAGUCUUUGGGAAUCAGAAACCAGAUUUUGAUGGACUAAAUCGUCUAAAAGUUGUGACGAUGAUCUUGUACGAGUCAUUACGGCUAUACCCCCCAGGAAUAACAAUAAGUCGGCGAGCUAACGAAGACAUUGUAUUAGGAGGAUUGUCUCUACCAGCUGGCUCACUAGUCUCUUUGCCUAUACUCUUAUUACAUCAUGAUAAAGAAAUAUGGGGUGAAGAUGCAAACAAGUUCAAUCCAGAGAGAUUUAAAGGAGGACUAUCAAGUGCAACAAAGGGUCAAGUCACAUAUUUUCCAUUUGCUUGGGGUCCCAGAAUAUGCAUUGGACAAAAUUUUGCCAUGUUAGAAGCAAAGAUGGCUUUGUCCAUGAUCCUACAAAGCUUCUCUUUUGAACUUUCUCCAUCUUAUGCACACGCCCCUCGGUCCAUAGUAACCAUUCAGCCUCAGUAUGGUGCUCCGCUUAUUUUCCACAAACUGUAAGAGGGACUAUCACUGGGUAUGGUCUGCAUACACUUUACCCUUCCCAAACCCUACAUUGUGAGAUUUCACUGUGUGUACGUUGUUGUUGUUGUUGUAAGAGGACUAUCAAGUGUAACAAAGGGUCUAGUCACAUAUUUUCCAUUUGCUUGGGGUCCUAGAAUAUGCAUUGGACAAAAUUUUGCCAUGUUAGAAGCAAAGAUGGAUUUGCCCAUGACCCUACAAAGCUUCUCUUUUGAACUUUCUCCAUCUCAUGCACACGCCUCUCGGUCCAUAGUAACCAUUCAGCCUCAGUAUGGUGCUCUGCUUUGUGAGAGGUGUCUUGUAAUAUACUAGAGUUUAUUCAAACUCAGUUAUGGCGUGGAGUUAUAAUAUUAGAUAUGGGUUCGGAUGAACUCAAUAACCUUUGCUUAAAUCUUGUAUUUGUAUUAUAAGAAACACAUUAGAUA